AUGCCGCUCCUACUGCCCCUCCGUCUACUGCUUCCCUCCCCCGCUCCCUUCACUGGCAACGUGUGGGGGGUUAGAACCUCCGCUUUGGUAGUGGUGCUUCUUGUCCUCCUGUCGGGGAGAGGGUCAGGGAGUGAGUUUCCAGACCGAGAGUGUUGUGAUUCAGCGCCUCCACCACCACCACACUACCACACCGUCACCUCCACCUCUACCACCACCACCACCACCACCACACAGCAGCCUCCGACUUAUGGCGCAGGUGGAACAGAGCAGCAGGAGAAGCAGAUCCUUAAUUGCCUCCUGGCCAAGCAGCUUUGCGAGGAGGACUCCAACUGCUCAGCCAUCCUCAAGGUCAUUCCUACACUAUGCGGCCCGGAACUAGUGGCGUGCUCAACAGUCACCGUAUCGAGGUGCCAGGCGGCGCUGAGAACCCUGGUGCAGUUUCCCUGGUUCCAGCCCACCUGUCUGUGCCGUGAGCCGCGCCUCGACCCCCAGUGCAAUGCCUUCAGGGACCUUCUCUUCGACCACCCCUGUGUCUUCGUCAGUAGAAAAGAGGUAGACAUGCAUCCGCUGCAGUACAUCCCCACCUGCCAGCUGGCCUCCACCAUCUGCCAAGGCAACCCGUGGUGCCAGCAACGCCUUGACAGUUUCCGCGCCACCUGCAAGUUUCGUGGAGGAGAAUGCUACAACUCUGACAGAGAGGUGUGCAUGAGGGCGUGGUUGCAGCUACGGGAGACACCUUUGCUGGGGUGCAUCUGUCCCGACGACAAAGACAAGAAGUGCUCGCGUCUCUACUCACUUGUCAACAAGAACCCCUGUGUCGAGACCGACCACAACGUAUCCCUGGAACAGCUCAAGUACCUGGCGGGGACCUGCCAGUCAGCCCUCGAAGACUGCGUGGCGGAACCCGGCUGCCGCAGUUACCUGCACCUGCUGAACGGCCACUGCGAGGACGCCAAGUGCCACCGCGACGCCUGCAUGAGCUCAGUGCAGGACAUCUACAAGUACCUGCUGGAGACCAACCAGGAUCUCGCCCUCAAGAUCGCCCUCUGCGUGUGUCGAAAACACGACGGCAGGGAGGAGGAGGGAUGCCGGAGUGCUCAGCGGCGCCUCCACCCGCCGUGCGCCGAGACUACCGAGACGCCCUCCAUCAGCCAGUGCCACAACCUGGGCCGGGACUGCCGCGGCGAUCGGGUGUGCAGGUAUCGGCUGGAGCACUAUGAGCUGUCCUGCGCGGCGGACACGGUAACGGGUCGCUGCGCAGGCCACCACCGGGAGUGUACCAAGGCCAUGUUGGGUUUGCUCGGCACUGACCUGCACACCAACUGCGUCUGUAAGGGCGUCGCAUUCCAGGACAUCAACCAGUGUCUGGCCUGGAAGCGUCUUCUUUGGGGCAACCCUUGUGUAGUUGAGGCUCAGCUGACCUACCACCUGAAGCGACUGGGCUUCAAAGUGGACAUCCUGGCGCCAGUCUUCAUGGAGGAGGACGAGAGGGAGAAGAGUAUCUAUGCCAAAGUAGAAAAGAACUCCAAACUGGCCGGGGGUCGUGGACGAGGACAAGACGACGACCACGACGACGACCACAACCACGAUGACGACCACGACAUUCGCUCAGACGACCAGAACGACGUUAAUGUGGAGGCGGACGACGGGACGCGGCUGCAGGCGCGGAAGGUGGCCAGCAGUGCCCCAGGCGACCACACUCCCCCACAUGCCGCCCCCGCCGGCCUCACCUCCACCACCACCACCACCACAACCACCACCACCACCACUACCACCCCGCCCACCACCACCACCAUACCCACGACAACGCUGCCGGAGAGAUACUGUGAAGUCCGGCGCCCGUGGGAUUCCCGCUCCCACAUCAUAGAGGAGGGAGGCAGCAUGAGGCUUUAUAAUGAAGGUGACCACGACUGCUCAGAAUUAUGCUUUUGUGAGAUACACGAGAGGACAAAAUGCAAGGUAUUGGAGUGCCUGGAGAACCGGCCGUGUGAGACUAGCUACGCCGUGUACAACCACAAUGCCCCAGCGUACCAGGCCAAGCGGGGCGAGUGUGUGUGUUACUCGGGAGACUUCGUGUGUCAGCGGCCAAAGGAAGAGGAGUUUGAGCUUCCGACAGGGCUGUUCCUCCUGCUGGGGUUUAGCAAGACGGAAGAGGCGCUGCUGAGGAACGUGACGGGAGCUGGCGCGGUGGAAGCUGUGGCUCACCUCCAGCUUCUGUUUCGAUCCAUUGCUGCUGAUAUGGGGGAGGAGUGUCUGCUGGAACUGGUGCAACACACAGAGGAUAAUUUGGUUCUUCAAGUAAGACAUCUGGCGGUCACUCCGGGCACCGCCAAUAUUUCUUUCAGCAGUUACACGCAAGUGGAGGAAAGGGACCACUGCGAGGAGCCCGCAGAGAGAGUGGCGGCAAUGUUUCGAAAACGCGCGUCACGCAUCCAUCACGACGUCAGCCUGUCGCUCUUCGUGCUGGCGGAAGUCGUCGACAACGUGCCCAAUCCUCAGAGAAUCAGCAACGGCCAGACAUCUUUGGGUGGGACAGGAGUACGGGUUUGCUGGUGGGCGUGGCUGGCGGCAGCGGCGGUGCUACUCGUCGCCAGGUUGGAGUCUUCCCACUAUGCCGCCGCCUCCCCUGCAUCGUCGUGAUACAAAGAGAACAUUUUGUUUUUAAACUGUCACUUGGAGGGAAGUUAACCUCCUCAGGCAAUAGUGGUGGUGUAAAUAGCAGACUGACUCUCGUGCGUGUGUAAAUAAUAGAGUAUAAUUUUCAAAACAGUCCACGUAAAGUUCUGAGACAGCCUCGCUACUCUGAAUGAUACGCAGUGUUCUGUAACGUCUCGGGCCAGCAAGUUAUAAUUCAAGUGAAGCCUUUGUCUGGAUACUAAAUAUGUGACUGGUGGAGAAGUAAGACUAUUGACACGCAUGUUGACAUUCAUAUUCGACGGUGAGAGUGAGGGACACCUGUAAGGAUUCUGUUCCCGAAAUGACUCCACGAGACUCCACAAAGCUGUUACUUGAUUGCAAAAUCCAUUUAUUUGGUGUCCAUGCAAUCCUUCAGCCAUCCCGGCAUCCCCAGGUGGGCGUGACACUCCACACCUGAGACCUUUGUGGCACUAGUAGGCCAGCAUGGGCUGGACGCGCUCCCAACCACAGGACGCCGCCAACACUGAGCACGCGGGUUGAUUGAUGUUUUAUGUCAAAAUGUAGAAUAGUUUUUAUUUUUCUCUUAGGUGUUCACUUGAUAUUUCGAUUCCAGGAAUGUCAGGAUCAGUUGUGUAUGAAGAGAGAGUAAAAAUCAAUGCCAGGAAGAAGGGUCGGGAAAGGGGGAACGGGGAGGGAGGGAUGGGCGAGGGAGGGGGGGAGAGGGGAGGGAGAGUGCUGGUGCUAAUAUGAUUAGUUUUCCUCUCGUUGUUGAUAGCUAAGACCUGUGACAGAUUUUUUGUCUUGUUUCUUAUCUCUCAAAAGCAAAUAAUGGUUAAAAAUACUGUACAAAUGUCCGUUGGUUUUCUUGUUGCUUGUUGUAGCCGAAACAUCCGGAAAUGUUGCAAUAAACAAUCCUGAAAACUGCUUGCAAUAUUUUCUCAAAGUUCUCUAAACACUAACAUGAAUAUUUUCAUCAUA